AUGGAAAAUCAGACUGAAAUAAAAGAGUUUAUACUCUUGGGACUCUCAAAAGAUCCUCAUCUACAAGAUUUUCUUUUUGUCUUGUUUUUAAUCAUCUUUUUAGUGACAUUAUUAGGCAACAUGAUGAUUAUACUUGUGACCAGGAUUGAGUUUACCCUCCAGACUCCCAUGUUCUUUUUUCUCAGACAUUUGGCUUUUGUCGACAUCUGCUAUUCAUCAGUUACUGUUCCAAAAUUGUUAGGAAACCUCAUAACAAAGAAGAAAACAAUUUCUUGGGAAGGAUGCAUUGCACAGAAUUUCUUCCUUUUCCAAACUGUUUGUGCAGAAGUGUUCAUCCUAUCAGCAAUGGCUUAUGACCGAUAUGUUGCUAUAUGUGAUCCACUACAUUAUACCAUAAACAUGACAAAAGAAACUUGCAGACUGUUAGUGGGUACGUCCUGGGGAAUGGGUUUCUUGUAUGGUAUGGCAAAUGUACUGCCUUUGUUAAAUGUGCAUUUUUGUAGUGACAAUAUCAUCAGACAUUAUAGCUGUGAACUUCCCUCACUUUUGGCCUUGUCUUGUACGAAGAACAUCAUCAAUUAUAUUGUUCUUCUUAUCUCUGGUUGCUCUGUUUGUGUAUAUUCAAUAAUUAUUAUUCUAGUAUCCUAUAUCUACAUCAUUUCCACUAUCCUGAACCUGAAUUUAUCAGAAGCCAAAAGGAAAACCUUCUCUACUUGCAGUUCUCAUCUCAUGAUUGUGAUUUUGUAUUAUAGCACAGGCUGUUUGAGAAACUUAAGACCCAGGACAACCUCCUCAGUCAUUGUUGAUGAAUUGUUCUCAGUUCAGUACAACACUUCAACCCCUAUGUUGAAUCCCAUUAUCUACAGCCUGAAAGCCUGGGAAGUGAAGGAAGCUAUCAAGAAACUAAUGGGCUAUAAACCCUUGGCUUCUCAUAUGGCAUAA